UACUGAAACCACACUCUUAUCAAAUGCAUUUUGUUUGCACCUUUGAAGGCUCUCGGUUUGCAGUCUGAUGAGCAGUCAGUAGGUUGGCGCCGUCGGCGGAAGAGCCACGCGCUGACGUUUCAGCAGCAAGCAGCAGCGGCCACGCGCGCCGAGAGGCAAAGCAUCGCGCCUCUGCUCACAUCCAUCCGAGCGGCUCUCGCGCGCGCACACACACACAGAGCCAAGCAGGAGCGCACAACUUCACCCGGAGUCGCAUCUAAACCUGAAGUUGGAGCGAUGCAACGCAGUCGCCAUUUCAAAUCCAACCAAAUCUCACCCACUUCUUUUUAACAAGACCUUUUCUUUCUUUCUAUCCAUUUUUUUUCGGAGCAUAGUGCGUUUUCUUUUUUUUUCCCUCGGUUGAUGCGAGAUCUUCUCCAUCAUAUGGACACGAUGUGGACCUUACACGACUCGGUUGGAUUGGUUUUCUUUUCCUGUUUGUCGAUCCAGAUCGGAUUUUCACUCCAAGGCAGGUUCACCGAUCUGCCAUCAAACAUCACUGCCAGGGAGGGCCAGAACAUUGAGAUGGCGUGCGCUUUCCAGAGCGGCACCUCCUCCGUUUACUUGGAGAUCCAGUGGUGGUUCAUCCGCGCUCCCGAGGAGCCGAGAACGAGCGAAGAGGAGGAUGAUGAUGAUGAUGAUGAGGAGGAUACCCAGAUGGAGUUGAUACCAGAGCCUGACCCAGAUGAUGAAGGAACUAAAAUAAGUACAGUCAAGGUACAAGGCAAUGACAUUUCCCACAAGCUUCAAAUUGCACGAGUGAGCAAGAGUGAUGAGGGCCUAUACGAGUGCAGAGUCACUGAUGCCAACUAUGGAGAACUGAAGGAGUACAAGGUCCAGGCCUACCUAAAGGUCAAUGCAACAGUCCGUAGAGGACUCAUCAAGAAGACUUCACCUCUCCAUCUGACCAAUAAGAAACCUCGCAAGAGCAGCUCAGCUUUAGGCCAAGACAGCAACGGUAUGAACUCAGAUCAGCACUCCCAGUCCUCCUCUACCUCGCAGGCAUCACAGUCCAAAACAGUCAAACACAGCGCUGGAUCAGGUACCAGGAUAUAUACGAGCUAUGGACUCACUCUCCUGCUUUUUGCUAGCGUUUGUGUGAGAGGAGCGUUGCAAUAGUCUGGGACCAGCAAUCCCCCACUCCCACCCUUUCCCUGUUCUUUUAAAGCCAAGAGAAAGAUCAUCUGCUAUUUCCAUAACACGGACGCCAUCAUUGCUCCAGUUUUUUUGCACCCAAUGAUAGAAUCAUCUGUACCAGAAUCACUUUUGGUCAAAACUAUAAAGCCUAGAGCAUAAGACUUUAUUCUUGGACAUGUAUUUGGUAACCCUGAUAUUACAAUUGGAUGGACAUGAACUAAUUAAGGACUUAUCUCUCCUUCAGAUAUUAUUAAUAAUUUGGUUGUACUUUCUUUCUGUUCAUAUCUGUGAAUUUAAUAUAAGAUGCUCUAAAGCCUGGGAGAAUUUAUAUUUGUGUAUUAUAUAAAUAUAAAUACAGAUACAUAUAUAAUGAUAUGAUUUUGAACCUUCUUGGACUCUGUACAGCCUGCAUCCAUCCUGGAAUAUUAUGUGUUCAAGGACAUUGAAGUAAUUGUGAAUAUAACAGCAUUGACAUUUAAGUAAAUAUUGUGGCUGGAUAGGCGUUCUGCUUAACUAUGUGAUGCUCUGCGCUGUUUAAUCUGCUUUGAAGUUUCCUGAUUUUUGUUUUAUGCAGGUUGUUUAUGCUCAAAUGCACAUGCGGAUCUUUUGUUCUUGUAGGUUUUUUUUAUUUUUUUUUUAUAUAUUUCUCCUUUUUUUAAUUUGCAUAAUAAAUGUGAGCUUAUUUCUGUUAUCAACCUGUUAGUCUUGGUUUGUCUUCAAGGACAAAGAAACUCCUUUUUUUUACACAUCAUGUGCAUGUCUAAAAAAAAAAUUAAUGCCAGGACAUGUACUAAUUAGCUGAUAAUUAACUCAGAAAAUACUGACCUCUUUCUAUAUUGCAUGAAAGUUUUCUUUAUUUUCAGGAAGGAGAAAAUAUGUGACGGGAAAUACUCGAGUCAUCAUAUGUGGAUCUAUGAAUAUCUUAUUGUCUUAUUGACUAAAGAUGCUUAAGUGCA